CACACCGCAACGCCGAGUCAAGUCGACCAAGGCCUGAAGCAGCUCAGGGUGUAUGCUAUGUCCGCCGGUUUCGAUCAUGACCAGGCAAAGGCUGCGUUCAAAGAAGCCCUGGAAAUCGAGCGCGAACUGCGAUCAGUAUUGAGGGAGCAUGCGCCGUUCUCCCCGGAUGCUACGUUUCUACUGCAGAAGCUUCGCAGUGCAUACGAGAACGUCGUGUUCCUCGACUUCAACUUUGCUCAAGAGCAGGAUGUCGAAGACAAGCUAUGGUUGAAGGUUCAUCAUCGUGUUAUCGAGGAUUAUCGCAAGAGGAUCAGCAAGAUGCAACCUGCUUACGGAAAGAAUCGCCCUGUGGAAUUGCGAAAGUUGACCCAGCAUUACCUGAAUUACAUCAAGAAUGCGACGAAAUUUUACAGAUCAUUCUUUCAACGUCUCGUCAGCCACUUCGGUCUCGAUGAACUCAGUUCCAUCGUCACCAAGUUUGGGUUGUCAAUGGAUAAUCCACCCAUCUCGAACGCUUACGGACCUGAGGUGAAGGUGGUCGUUCGAGCUUCCUGUCAGCGAACCCUAAUCAUCCUCGGGGAUUUGUCGCGCUAUCGCGAGCUUCAGUCGACUAAAGCCAAGGACUGGUCACCCGCUAACGGCUACUACUCCCUCGCGCAACGACUGUGUCCUGAGAAUGGCCAGCCGCUCAAUCAAAUGGCUGUCCUUGCCACGUACGACAUGAACGUCGUAUCCGUCGCGCACUACUUCUACAGAGCUUUGGCUGUCCGCUCGCCUUUUGCAGUUGCGAAAGAUAACCUUGAGCUUGCGUUGAAGAAGUUUGUGAGGACGGAGAAGACGGAUGGUGGUGAGCCUGUGGGAAAGUGGUUGAAGAAGGAGGAUUUGCCGGUCGAAGAUCUGUUACGGCUGUUCCUUGGGCUACACGCGGCCUGCUACUUGGGAACAAAUGUUUCAAACUUUCAAGCAGAUUGCCAGCCGCUCACACACAAGCUUGAAAAGAGCCUGCGCAACAGAUCCCUUGCACGCCCACUCCUCACAAAAAUGAUUACCAUUAACAUUGCCGCCCUCUACGUCGCGCAAGCAGGCCCAGCCCGCAGUGAUCCCGUUCUUUCUCACCUCCGAGAACUCAACUUCCUGCGCAUAGCCCUUGAUUGUGGCAGCACCCUGUUCAGCGUUUUGAUAGCUGAGAUCGUUGCAGAUUCCGCUGCUGCACAGCCCAGUCACAUUGGCGCAGGCGCAGACUUCGCUGAGCGCAUCACUGCAAUCAUGCGCCGGUCUUUGCCAGCUGUGCGUUUGACGUCUAGGUGGCUCCUCGCAAACCAUGGAAGCUUUGUGCGAUAUUCAGCGGAUCGAAACGCACAGGCCUCUAUUGACAGAUUUUGGGAGACGUAUGACCGGUGCGUGAACCUGCUUGCAAAGAGGUUUCCACCUGAUCGGGUGCCGGUUCUCGACAUCCCAUUGAGAGAGGAUGUCAUGUUUGCUGGUUUUGCGCCCUUGGGUGCAACGUCGAGUCAACCUCAGAAAGGUAAGGUCAUCGUGGACUUGAACGACGAUGAGCGUUUUGGGAGCGUGCACCCGAACGAGGAGAUGCUGUUCCGUAUCAUGGAUAUCUUAAAGGACGCCAAGGAAAUUUCCUCCUCGCAGCAGUACGACUCAUCGCAACCGGCAGCACGACCGUCCAAUGACCUUGGAGGAGUUCCGUACACGAGCACGCCUACAGGCGACCAUACACCUCCGCCGCCUAACUUUCAAACACCUUCGUUCUACGGAAACACGCCGAGUAUCAACAACAGUGACAUCCACGACGUAACAGGAGAACUCAUGCCCCCACCUGGCCAACCUACCGUUCCCAAAGCCCGACAAGGGGCCCCCUCCGUGGCAUCAGAAUCAUCAAUGGCGUUCAGUGUCGGUGCUAUGGUUGACAAUAUCGUCGGAUCACGCGGUGGGCAAACACCACCUCCGCCUGACGAGAAGGAGGAGAUCGUUUUUGGUGGUAGACAUAAUAGGCCCGUGACGGCGCGUACGCAACAUUCACCGACUCAGCAAGAGAAGGAAGCGGCCGAGGCUGUGACUGCAGCUGAUCUUCUAGCGCGAGUGUUGAGUUUCGGAAGAGGAAGUUCUGCUUUGGCUGCGCCUUUCAGUCAACCUCAACAACCGGAAGGACGUGAUAUAUGGAAUGCACCUAGUCAAGUGGGGCAUCCUCUUGCCAGCCCUGCUCUGCCGUCCUCAGGAAACGCAGGCGUUCAGUUGACUGCUGAUGCGGCAAGUGGCUAUUCGCUUCUUCCAACGCCCAUCCAGGAGCCCACUGAGGCACAACGAAGGAGUUAUGCCUUGCAAUUGCAGGGUUGGUCAUCUCCGGUAUGGCAUGACAGUCCGGGCCCGAGGUGAAAGGUGUGACAUGCGAAAGCUUCCAUGCACACAUACUGAAGUCACAUUCUUUGAUUUGGACAAAGAUGUGAAGGUAGUAUAAAAUUAGAAACAUCUUCUGUCAAAGGACUUGCUCUUAUCCUACUUGGGGUUUCCGUGCCA